AUGGCGGAUUUUCUCGCCAGCUUCAAUUUCCGAGAAGAGGAAUCCGGGCUCGACGGCCGGCCCUGCACCGGUGUCGAAGAGCUGCAACUGCAGUUUCGCGAUGUUUUCGACGGCAAAGUCACAGACACCCGAGCCGAACGGGUUGCGAUCAGGCUGGACCUCGCAGCCUCGGCCGAGUUGACGCUUGGAGUGUCGGCGGGCGAGAACAAUGUGCUGGAGGGCUUGAGCGCGCUGGACCCGUCGCUGGGAGGCGCUCUGUCGACGGGCAUAUCUACGGACACUGAGGAAGGCAGUGUCGCCCGCGUGGUGCUCGUGGACGAUGCCGUGAUGAACCAGUCGUCCGACGAACCAGUGCUGCAGACGUCCGUCGCAAAUCACAUUGCCGAUGCAAUUAGCCAGGUCGAUGGAAGCGAGUGGACGUUGCGAGACUCGUCGCGAGGCGCAAACGGCUGGGUCUUUACCUUUAUCUGCAAAGGUUCCAUGCAGCACUGGCAGCGACAAAACAAGAGCCAGCUGAAGACUUUGGUUGCAGACUAUUCACACAGGGAACUUGAUCCCCUGCUAGGAAGCCGACCUGCCUUUGACUGUCGAGGUUCCAUUACAAUUUCCUUUUCUCGAAAAUCUAGAACUGUAUCGAUCGAAUAUGACCAUACACCACUCCACCGGACAGUAGCGGAGCUUUCAACUUUAUAUAAACCUUUAAUACCACGACACCCUCUUCCUACAGCAGAAAAGAAAUCUAAAGCGCCCAGACAGCCAGGCGCCCAGAAGAAGAAACGAGCUGCCGACAAAGCAACCAAUGGCGAGGGCAACAAGUCGAGAAAACGGAAGAGGAAAGGAGAUGACGCGGUUGUUUCCGAGGAACAAGGCGUAACGGAGAUUGAUGCUUCUCUACCCACAGAGAUUCAAACCUUCACCGGCCAGGUUGGAGGAGAAGAGGAUAGCAGCUUGGCUGGCCAACAACAACAGCAGCAGCAGCAACAGCCGCCUCAGGCUGACCAGUCGGCUCAAAUCUCCGCAGCAGGACAGGUUGUCAUCAAUGUGACGCCGGAAGAGGCAGAGAGGCGUCGAAAUGUUGCCGUGGCUAUGCUCCAACAGGCAGCCGUUGACCCAGAGUCGCUUUCCCCAGAGCAAUUCAACAUCUUCGCAAAUCAAUCUCCAGAUUUGCAAAAGGAGUCACUCAACAUGCUGGUUAGGUAUGGUGCAGAGCGUCUCCGUAUUGUGCACCCCGGCAGCAAGGAAGGCUCUGCCCAGCCACAAUCUCCAGCCUCGUCAUCUACGCCUGCGGUUCAGAGUAACGUGCAACAAGAUCCAUCUGGUCCAGUUACUACCAGUGGGCUGGUUUUGCACACAGCAACUUCCACAAAUACUAAGAAGGGGCGAAAGAAAAAUCAGACUGCGAGUACCGGCGAUAAUGGAGUGGCCGAAGAAGCAACGACUACUGGAGAGACGAAGAAAACGAGGCGUCGGGGGCCGGCCAAGUCAAGGAAUUCCUGCGUUCCGUGUAAACAGCGUAAGGUUAAGUGUCCAAAAGAAACACCAAUAUGUAAUGAAUGCCGUGAGGCGGGCCUGAUAUGCGAAUUCCCGGCUCCUAAGCGAAGAAAACCAAGAUCGAGUGCUCUGAUCACUGCAGAAGAUGAAGCAGAGCGAAAUAAAGUAGACGAGCCACUCGGCGAAGUACAGGAUGAUGAGCCUCAGUUAGAAGACCACCAACAGCUAGAUGAUGAUGAUGAUGCAGAGGGCUUUCCCGACAUAGAAGAUGAGCAUGUGCACACUCAAUUGCCUAUUGAGGGUGUGUUACCAAACAAUCUUAAUGUUGCCGACUGGGAAGCCAACCACCAUCCGGCAACUUAUUUUCCGUCGACAACUAUGGGGGCCUCCGAGACAGGCACUUCACAACCGUCACACACGGCAGGCGUGCCUAUUUCUGAUCUUGUCAAUCUCAUCAUGCCUUCGGGGCGUCCGUAUUAUUCGAACAUGCCAGCAACGGAUAUGCCAGAACAGACGUUGGCACGCCAAAGGAAAAGUCCAACCCAGUCAUCGGCACAGCGUGGACCUGGCCGCAACAUGACGGCGAGGCCAGCCCAAGACGAAGACCACCACAGCUCAGUGAACCCUACAUCAGUUUCAGAAUGGUCCGGCGACGACAGCCCGGUUACGCAGGCAGCAGCAGUUGUAGCAGCAGUGGUGACCUCUAUGCAAGACCAGAACUCUCAUGAGUCCGUCUAUGGGCUGUCAGAAUCAUCUGGUAAUAGGGGCAGUGCUUGGCGUUCCGCAAACGCCCAGCAGCCGUCUAUGGGAGUGUCCCAGAAACAAGGCGUAUCAGCAGCCGCACUACAGCGUUCAGGGGCCGCAUCACCAAUAAAUGAUGCUCCACGAACCAACUCGCUGAAGGGUAAGCAGCACUCGAAGCGAGGAGCUGUUCACAAUUCACCUACCGCCGAUCAACAACCCAACGCCCACGGGUCAGGACUACAGACACAGGUUGGUAUUGCUGGCUCGUCGGCAUAUAACAGUUACGACCGUUAUUCUAGCACCCGUGCAACAGAAACAGCCCCAACCGAUAGAAUUUCAUACGAACCGUAUUCGUAUCAGAGAGACGCAGUGGGCACUACUCCGUACUCGGGCUAUGGACACGGUCCACUUGCAACGACAUCUGCCGCUUCUAUGCCUUCGCAGCCAGCUAAUACUGAAAUACCGGCUGCAGACCGCCCAGGAGCACAAACAUAUGGCCCCUAUACGAAUUCUGCGCCACGAAAUCCUUCGCAUCAUCACUCGGCAUCGUAUCUGGGCAUAAGGGCAAAUGCACAAGCUCAAGAUUUUAACAGCAACCUAGACUCGUCACAAGAUUCCCGGCAGGUCUUUCAUAUGCGCUCACAAUCUGCGACAUCGCGACUUGGCCAGAGUGGGAUGAAGCAAGACCAAAAUUAUAUGACAUAUCCGUCACAUAUUCAGCAACAGCAGCAAACGUCACACCAGCGUGCCCCCCAGCAGCACGAGCAGCACGCGCAACACGCACAACACGCGCAGCAAUCGAAUCAGCACCAGACAUGGUACAACUUCAACAACCAUCCGAGUACCUCUUAUGCAUCUGCCGCUGGAGGGCAUGGAUCAGGUUACAGCUGGAACCUACCAGGUGAUUCGUAA